GGAGGAGCUCUCUCCGGCCUGGGGCUCGACGCUGCCGGUUCCGUCGCCGUCGUCGAGAGAGAGAAGAGGAAGAGGCCGGCGGAAUAAGAGGCUGCCGGGGAGAGAUGACUUUUUUUUAUGAGCAACACCUGGGAGAGAUGACUUGCGAGAGAGAGGAGGGGGGAAUCCGACUCAUGAAGUCUGGACCAAUGGGAGAGCUGCAUUUUAAAGACUUGGAUUGAUGACGUGGCGUGUUUGUUUAACUGACUUCUAAUGCAUUUUAAUACAAGCAAAUGAGUUCAAAUGAAAAAGUUGUAAAGUACAAAGUUUUAGAUCUCGUCGAGCUCUACAACUUUGGUAUAGAACUUAUUUACAUCCAAAGCCAUUUAGAAGUUCUAAAAUUUAUAAUUUCAAAUUAGAUAACUUAUAAUGAGAUUUUGAAGUAUUAAACAAUCUCAAAUAUAAAAGUUGAAAAUACAAAAUUUUAUAUUUUGUCAAGUUGUACGACUUUAGUAUAAAGUUUCUUCAUAUGAGUUCAUAUAAAAAAGUUUGUGUUCAAAAAAUGCAUUCACUAACUCUCUCACAUACAAGCACACAUAUAAUUCUUGUGAGAUAUUUCGAUUUUGUAAACGUCGUUAUGACAAAAUGUGCUAAAUCUUCUCAACUUUUUAUCAUAGCCUCCACAUGUGAUGCCAUCAUAUCAUGACAAAUCUCAUAAUUUUCUGACUUUAUUUUCAUUUUUUAGAAUUUAAAAAUCAUUCGGACACAUGUUAGUUGUCAUAUUUCUUGAACAAGAUAUUCGAAAUUUCUUUUAAUUUCAUGAUAAGGCCUCAAACUGGGCUAAAUAACAUGAAUAUAAAUUUUCUACUCAUUGUAUUCCAUUAUUUGAAUCAAUUGCAUUUCAAAUUUGACUAUCUAUUUGAGGCAUUUAUUUGUAAUGUUUAUAGCCCAAUCAUGAUGGUGAAUUAUCUUCAUUAUAAAAUUAAACCAUCUACUUAUGUGCCACUUAAAUUGAGGCUUAAUAAUAAAGAAUUUUAUGACCCAUAAGUAUUAUCAAUUAUGUCAGCAAGUUUUACUCACAGGAAUUGAUAUGCCCGUAAGUUAAGCAUGAAGCUUAAGGCCCAUUUUUAGGAAAGAAUCAAAUAAUGACAUUUUUUAAUGGCCAAUUUUCUAAGAAAUUAAAUAAUGAACCAUAUUUAUUUGAUGCCAUUAAUACCUUUGUUUACAUUUGGAAAAUGUGCAUUCCAUAGAUAAGAUUAUUAAGGAAUCAUUUAUUAUAAUGUUUUGGGAUGUACAAAUUCUAAUAAUUAAGUGGCUCUAACUUAUAAAUAAUUUUAUCCCAAUUUGAAAUCAAUCCAACGAGAUAUUUAGAUUCAUAAUUAGAAUUUCAAUGGUAAUUCAUGGUUGUAUUCUGACCAAAGUUGUUUACAAUCAUGGAUUAUCAUGAUUUGAUUGAUUUAUUAAUAAAGAAUAUAUAUUAUUCUUAAGCAAGCAUACUUAGUGAGUCCAAUUUUGGACAUAAAUCUUAAAGCUAGCUUUUGAAUAUUUUCUUAAUUGAGCCACAAAUAAUGUUGAUAAAAAUACUAAAGUAAUAUAUGAGGACAAAUUGAGUUUAUUUUAAUAAGAUGUCCUCUGGUAAAUGCAUAUUUGCUUAAAAGAGUUUAGGCAUAUCAUGAUUAAUUGACUUGUGGCUACAUACUGACCAAAGUUGUUUGUAGUCAUAUGUCAUUCUCAACCCGAAGAUUAUGAAUUGAUUUUGUGACUCAGGGCUAUAUACUAACCGAAGUUGUUUAUGGUCAUGUGUCAUUAAGAUUGGCUGAGUUAUUAAGUUGCCAGCUCUAGAGCUAUUAUGGGCAUAAUCAUAAAUUAAGUUUCAUUAGACUAAGCUAAUGAUGAUAAUGUCAAUAAUGAUUAUGUUUCUAGAAAAUAAGAAAUCUCUUAUUAAGAAAAAUCAAAGAAGUGCCUUACUUAAUAAUUCAGCUAUGAGAAAUUAUGUUGAAAAGCACAUGGGUCAUUUCCAAUAAAGUUUCCGCUGCAGAAGGAAUAACACUCUGAUUAAGUGUGGCAUAUGUUCAUCAUUCUGGCCAAUGCUGAUUGAUGAAUGUGUGACUGCAAAAUUUUGUUAUUCCAGUUCAUCUUCUGGCCAAAGCUGAUUUUGAAUUGGAGUAAUAAAAGAAGUUUAUACACAUGAUAUUAAGUGUGGCUUGUACUUAUUCUUCUGGCCAAAGCUGAUGAAUAAGUACUUGUUCACAAAAUUUUGUUGUUUUUUUCCAUUUCUGGCCAAAGCUAACUUGGACUGGUUUAAUAGAAGAAGUUUGUGCUAAUGCUUGUUAAAGCAUCAAAUGCCUCAAAAAGAUUAAAUCUAAUGCGUGGCACUAAGUAACUAAAUGGAAGUAAUUAUACCUCAUGGAAUGAAUGUCCAUUCAUGGAUGCAAAAUCCAAUUUUGUGAAUUAUCGCUAUUGAUAAUAAGCAUUAGUUAAGAAUUACAAAAAUCAUUCUAAGCUUCAAUUAAGUCAUAAGUUCCUAAGAUUGUUUGAGAUACCACUAUCAAACGUGAAGUGGUUUUACCUGCACCUCAUUGUUUCUUAAGAUCAUAAAUAAGACGACACAUAUAAGUGUCAUAAGAAGUGUUGUUUCCAUUAGAAAAAUUUUAUAAUGAGAACAACGAUAAGAAACUAAUGAUUUUAUUGUUCAUCAAUGUCUAAUGGGAAUAUAUUAAGAUAAGUCACUUAUGGACAUAUAUCAGAAUUAGGGGGAGCAAUCCCUCAAUUCUAGAUAAAUAUAAGAAUUAGGGGGAGUAAUCCCCAAGAUAAGUUAUAUUAAAAAACAUAUUAUUAAAGAAUACAUUUGACAUUAAUGGUGAGUUAUUUCCUUCAUAUCAAUGAGGGUAAGAUAAUAUGAUAUGCCUCUGGACAUGAUUAAGUUCAAAGAAAUAAGACUAAGAUAAGGUAAUAAGAUGAGUCUCUAAAUAAGAAAAUUCUAAGUUUUAAGAAUUGUUUUUUUAUGAAAAGGAAGAUAAUGUUAUUAGAUUCUAUUAGUAUAAAAUUAUGUUUAUUCCCUAUGUAUACAUUGAAGAUACUCUUAUAUGUUAGAAUAGGGAUAAACAAAUAAAUAAAUAAAAGUUCUUCGAAAUAUGGUACUAUUGCAUAGUCCACAUUUCGAGGGGGAGAGUGGAACCUUUAUUAAGAAAAAUCCACCUCCUUAAAUCAGCUAAGAGUUACAUUUUUGAGAAAAAUAUUAGAUAAGUUUAUCAUGUGUUAGUUUCUUAUGUUUCACAUAAUUGACGAUGUUAUUCUUAUUAUGAACUAUAUGCCAUCUUUAGAACUGAAUACUAUUUCAGUAUCGUAUCUCACCACUAAUGUCGCUAAGUUGAGAAUUAGAUGGGAGCUCAAAAGCGAGGAAGAAUAAUAUUAAAAGAAAAUUGUCUAAGCUCACUUAUGAAAACUUGCUUUAUCCUUUGGUGCUUUUGUGCCCACAUGAAGAUUUUUUUUUAUCAAUCCCACUUAAGUGAAAAGGGAUUUAUUAUAUAAGAUAUAAAGAAUGGAUGACACUCGUUGCUCAUCAUUUGAAAAACUAUCGAGUCCAUAAGUGAUACAUAAGUAUAAUGAGAAAUAAGUUAUUAAGUUUUUAACAAUAGGGAUAUUGUAUAUAAGAUCCAGAAUUUUUUUAUCUGGAUAUUAAGAUUAUUUUGGUGAUAUCUCUUAAGUUUUGAAUGAUGAUAUUCAUUAAUAUAAAGGUCUAGAAAAUGGGUUGAUUUCCAUUAAGGACAAUAAGUUUGCUUAUGUUGUAGCAGACAUAAGCAUUACGUGUUUAAUUAAGUUAUAAGUUGCCCUAAAUAUUAUUAAAGAACCGGGAUAUUUGGGAAAUUAAGUCUAGGACUGGACCCCUGGCAAAUCACUAAGAAUACUUCGUCUUAUUAGCAUAAGUGCGAAAGGUGUUGUGAUACAUGCCCACAAAUAAGAAGUCCAAUGUUUUGGACAAUUAUGCUACAAAAAGUGUUGAUACUAAGAAAUUCCACAUAGAGUAUUAUCAACACUCUUGUGGGAGAAGUUAUAUAUGGAAAGCUUCAACCAAUACUUUACCUAAAAGCAUCUUUAAAAGAUGCAAGUUAAAUUGUGACAUGUUCUGAUCUAUACAUCGUUAAAUAUGGAUUUGUGUCCCUGAUCCAUAUCAUGUUAAAGAUAAGAAAUUGCCUUAAGCAAUUUAUCCUGGAAACUGUUAAAUGAAAGAGUGCAAUUUUGGAUCAAGUAACAUGUCAAGACCUAAGACAUUGUGAAAGAUCGAAUCUAGAAUCAAAUAUAUAUGUAUAUUUUCAAGGCCUAAACAAACAAAGUUUAAGAUUAAGUGAUGCUUGACAAAUUAAGUAUGGUAUAAGUGUUGAGCAUCAAAUAAGUUUUAAGAUUAUGGUGCUUAAUAUGUAAGAGUUAUAUAAGUUCUAAAGAUUGAGCAUCAUGUUAAGAGGCUUGCCUGGUAUAUAUUUUGCCGGCAUAAGAAAUAAAAGGCAGCCAAUUGCUAAGAGACAAGUUGUGGUUCUGGAAAUAUGUUGGUUCUCUUCCUCUUUUAAAAGUGCAUGCACAUAAGAAUAAAUAUAUGAUGAUAAAUAUAUAUGUUUAAUACAUAUAAAGGAAAACCAACUGCACUCAGGGACUAUAAUAACCCCUUCUCCCCAUAAGCCUAAGAGGAAUCAUUUUGAUUUUGAACGGGAACCAUAGUCACUUAGUCCUGUGGUACUUAAUUGACUGCAGUGAUUGAUUGAUUUGGUGUACCGUCUUUUGAUAAAUGUGUCCAUAAGUUUUGAAUAAGAAUAAGCAAUAAAUUUUGGAGCUCCUAAGUUAAAGAAGUUCAUUUGAUAUGAGGUGGCCUACUAUAACAACUGGAUUCAAUGGUACGUAUAUGAUUCACCAUUGUAAUGCUUUUGCUUUGGUGCGUCAUUUCAUUGAAAAGUGAACUUAUAAGUUUAGUCUGACGAUCAAGGGGGAGAAUGUUAGUGUAAAUAAUGUGAACAAAUGUGAAUGUGAUCUGUCACCCUAAACUAGCUGACAAAGCAACCAAUUUUAACCUUGAUUGGAGGUCAAAUACUUUAGAACACACUAAAGGGGAUGUCCCCCCAGUGUGCAGUGCCUAUAAAUAAAGGGGUAGCCCCUUAGGGCAAAAGAGUGAGAUGAUGAAAAGGCUCCUGUGUGAGUGUGCUCUGACCCUAAGGCUCUGCCCACCAAGAAUGCCCAAUCAACGUGGUGUUGUGAACACUGGGAAGGACUUCCCAAGGCCCUAACCGGCUAGAUCAAGGAGGAGAAGAAGAUGGGAGCUCAAGAUCAAGGUAUGAGACCUAAUCCGAGCUCCUUGAUGGUGGUUCUAUUUUGAGCUAAGAUCCUAGAAGUCCUAACAGCCCCCUCGCGGAUCUGUGCCGCCGCCCCUGCAGGCCCCCAAUGCAAGCAGCGCGUCAGGCCCCCAAUGCUCACUCCCUCUCUGCAUUUCCUCCCUCUCUCGCUUUUUACUCCCUAAAAGCUGCGUACUGUAUGUGUUGCUCCUGGAUGAAUGAGUGUAUUAUUGGCUGCUAAAUUGCACGUUUUGCUAUAUAGAUGCUGCACACAUUUUUUUUCUUCUUUGAGGUACUUGUUGCUAGAACAAAUUUUUGAAUAUAAUUAUGUAGUCAAGAUACUCAAAAAAUAUGAGAAUUAUUGAAUUAUUCUUUUAUUUAGUAAAAAAUGAGGUAUCAUCAGCCUCAGGAGUAUUUCAGACAUUUUACCACUCAAUUCAGAGAAUCGACUUAAAAUAAUUAGGAUUGUCAAACACCCAACUUGUCCAAACAAUCGAUUCUCCAGACAGCUGGUUUAUCUAAUCUUGAUUCUCAGAGAAGUAAUAUUCAGAAAAGCGGAAACAAGGCCGCCGUCGGCUUCAGUUCAGCAGUCGCCGGUCUUCCAGUGAUGGGUCGCAUGCAUGGGCGAAGGAUCCUACCGGUCCGUAGCCCCGUAUAGGUUUCCGUCUCGUUGAAACCGCGCGAAUGAUUUUGUCCGAUCCUUGUCCGGGCACGGCGGCGUCGCUGCUGCCACUGCUUGUCCGCUUUCAGCUCCAUUCUCUAGCUAGCUGACCGGUCCACGGGCCUAUGAUUGGGGUGGGUGCUCAUGUCCACGUCGCGGCGGUGGCGGGGCUCCGUUCCCACUCCGGCAACCCGGCAAUCAUGCAUGAGCCGGCCAGGCCAGUUAGGGCCUGGGUGCUCGUCGAUCGGGUACGGCGAGGCGGAGGAGCUGGGGCCUUUCUUGGUGCAGAAGGGCAAGCCGGAGCUCAAAUGGAACAACUACUCCUGGAACACAGAGGCCAACCUGAUGUUCCUGGAGUCCCCGGUGGGCGUCGGCUUCUCCUACACCAACACGAGCUCCGACCUGCUGAAGCUUGGCGACAAGAUCACCGCUGAUGACGCUUACGUGUUCCUGCUCAACUGGUUCAAGAGGUUCCCGCAGUACAAGUCCCACGACUUCUACAUCGCCGGCGAGAGCUACGCCGGGCACUACGUCCCGCAGCUGUCGGAGAAGAUCUUCGACGGCAACCGGGCGGGCCCCAAGGAGAGCUACAUCAACUUCAAGGGCCUCAUGGUCGGGAACGCGCUCAUGGACGACGAGACGGACCAGACGGGCAUGAUCGACUACGCCUGGGACCACGCCGUCAUCUCCGACCGGGUGUACGCCGACGUCAAGGCCCGCUGCAACUUCAGCAUGGCGAACGUCACGGACGCCUGCAACGCCGCGCUCCAGGAGUACUUCGCCGUGUACCACCUCAUCGACAUGUACAGCCUCUACACCCCCGUCUGCACCGACGGCUCCGUCUCGCCCGCCGCCGCGCGCGGCGGCCACCGGAAGGUCGCCGUCCAUGGCGCCGCCCCCGGGAUCUUCUCCAAAUAUCACGGGUGGAUCAUGAAGCCAGCGGGCUACGACCCCUGCACGGCGGAGGACGCGGAGGUCUACUUCAACCGGCCCGACGUCCAGGCGGCGCUGCACGCGAACGUGACCAAGAUCGGCUACAACUGGACGCACUGCAGCGACGUGAUCCCCACUUGGAACGACGCCGCCUUCUCCACCCUCCCCAUCAUCCGCAAGCUCAUCACCGGCGGCCUCAGGGUCUGGGUCUUCAGCGGCGACACCGACGGGAGGAUCCCUGUAACGGCGACGAGGCUCACCCUCAACAAGCUCGGGCUCAAGACCGUCCAGGAGUGGACGCCGUGGUACGACCACCUGCAGGUUGGCGGAUGGACGAUCGUGUACGAGGGCCUGACGUUCGUGACCAUCCGCGGCGCCGGGCACGAGGUGCCUAUGCACGCGCCGCGCCAGGCGCUGACGCUCUUCAGCAAUUUCCUGGCCGGCACCAAGAUGCCCCCAACGGCGUACCCCUAGUGGCCGCCCGUCGGCGGGCGCCCGGGAACGCCAGCUUGAUCUAAAGUUUUUCCAUUUUCGUUUCUCCCAAAGAUGCAAGUGUAAUUCGAUUGGGAAAAAAAUCAGGAAUAAAAGUCAUAUAGUGCUGAUCUCAUUA